GCGUGCCAGGUCUACGCUACGCCCUGCUCCUCUCGAGCCUACAAAAGCACGGGCUCGCACCUCAAGCCUGCUCACAGCUCACGGGAAGCGCGCAGCCGGGCUACUAGCAGCAGCAGCUUACCUGAGCAGAGGACAAGAAGCAGGGUCGGUCCAGGUCCAGUCGAGUUGGUGAGGAGCAAGAGUUGAGGGCAGGAGCUAAUCAUCUGCGAUGGCGUCCAUGAUGGGAGGAGACUUCGUGGAGGCGUACGUGCUCAAGAACACCUACAAGGAGAAGGUGCGGCGCAUGGAGGCGAAGAGCAAGAACGGUGGUGCCGGCUCCGGGGCAUGGGCGGACCUACUCCGCCACUGCUCCGGGGAGAAGAAGGCUGCGGCCAGCAGCAGGGGAGGAGGGGUGUUUGGGCUGAGGAAGAAGAAGGUGCACCCCAAAGCGGCCGCAUCGAGUGAGUCCAGUGGAGCUUCUUCGUGAUUCAGCUCCGAAAUGGAAGUAUGGCUUGCUGCAGCCUGCUAGGAUUAUAUAACCUUGUUCUUUCUUUCUUUGACGAUCGAGUGUGUAAUUCGCUCGAUGUCAUGCUAUUUCAUUUGUUGCUCUAUGUGGUUACGCUAACUGACAGAAAAAUUGUAUAGAAAAUUCGUCCUGAAUUAAGGGCUUUCUGUCCAUUUUGAUCCUUACAGUCACAACUAUUUUCAAGCUUUGCAGUGCAGCAAAUUAUAACUUCUC